AUGUCAUCAGAAGCCAUCUCGUCCUAUCGCCGCAGCUGGCUCAGGAAAUGGUCCGGACUACUGUGGAUACUUUUUGUAGGGACACUUCCUGGUUUGCGGGCCCAACAGGGCACCCAGCCUCAGUCCCUCAAAAUUGAGGGUGACAUCACCUUGGGUGGGCUUUUCCCUGUACACUCCCGAGGGCCAGUGGGAGUGCCCUGUGGAGAAAUUAAGAGGGAAAAGGGAAUCCAUCGAUUGGAAGCCAUGCUGUACGCCCUGGACCAGAUCAACAGUGACCCAGAUCUGCUGCCCAACAUUACACUGGGAGCCCGAAUAUUGGACACCUGCUCAAGAGACACCUACGCACUGGAGCAAUCACUCACUUUUGUCCAAGCCCUCAUUCAAAAGGAUACAUCCGAUGUGCGCUGCUCCAAUGGAGAGCCUCCAAUCAUCCCCAAACCUGAAAGGGUGGUUGGUGUGAUUGGUGCUUCUGGCAGCUCUGUUUCCAUUAUGGUAGCCAAUGUCCUUAGGCUCUUUGCGAUCCCUCAAAUCAGCUAUGCCUCCACUGCACCGGAAUUGAGUGACAAUAGUCGAUACGAGUUCUUCUCCCGUGUGGUACCUCCUGAUUCUUACCAGGCCCAAGCCAUGGUGGACAUUGUUAAAGCCAUGGGCUGGAACUACGUCUCAACACUAGCAUCAGAGGGUAACUACGGAGAGAGUGGAGUUGAUGCUUUCCUCCAGAUCUCCAGAGAAGCAGGUUGGGGGCUGUGUAUUGCACAGUCGAUCAAAAUUCCCAGAGAGCCCAGACCUGGGGAGUUUGAAAAGAUCAUCAAGAGAUUGAUGGAGACUUCAAACGCUCGCGGUGUCAUCAUAUUCGCCAAUGAGGACGACAUCAAGCGUGUGUUGCAAGCUGCCAAAAAGGCCAAUUUGACUGGCCACUUUCUAUUUGUUGGCUCCGACAGCUGGGGAGCCAAGAACUCUCCCAUCCAAGACCAGGAGGAGGUGGCGGAGGGUGCUGUCACUAUCUUGCCAAAAAGAGCUUCUAUUGAUGGAUUUGAUGAGUACUUCACUUCAAGAUCCCUUGAAAACAACAGGAGAAACAUUUGGUUUGCUGAAUUUUGGGAGGAUGACUUCAAGUGCAAAUUGACACGGCCAGGCAUCAAAUACGAAGCCGAAAGGAGAAAAUGUACAGGCGAGGAAAGAAUAAGUCGAGACUCUCAGUAUGAACAAGAGGGGAAAGUGCAGUUCGUGAUUGAUGCAGUAUAUGCCAUGGCUCAUGCCUUACACAGCAUGCACCUGGACCUUUGCCCUGGCUCUAUGGGCGUUUGCGACAAGAUGGACCCCGUGGAGGGACGUAUGCUCCUACAAUACAUUCGUUCCGUUAAUUUCAAUGGCAGUGCAGGAACUGGUGUGAUGUUCAACGAAAAUGGAGACGCACCUGGUCGGUACGACAUCUUCCAGUAUCAGCUUUCCAAUGUCAGUAACCCUGGGUAUAAGGACAUUGGCCAAUGGACAAACCACCUACGACUAAAUCCAGAGGAGAUGCAGUGGUCAGGCGGUGACCGCAAGAUCCCAGAUUCCGUGUGCAGCUUCCCAUGUGAGUCCGGUGAGCGCAAGAAGAUGGUGAAAGGCGUUCCUUGCUGCUGGCACUGUGAGCUCUGCGAUGGCUACCAGUAUCUUCUGGAUGAGUUCAGCUGUGACAUGUGCCCCUUCGACAUGAGACCCCUUAAAAACCGUACAGGUUGCAGGCCUACGCCCAUUAUCAAGUUGGAAUGGAGUUCUCCCUGGGCCAUAAUCCCUGUCUUCCUGGCUAUCCUGGGCAUCCUGGCUACCACAGGUGUCAUUGCCACAUUUAUCCGCUUCAAUGACACCCCUAUUGUUCGAGCCUCUGGCAGAGAGCUCAGCUAUGUGCUGCUGACGGGUAUCUUCCUUAUUUAUCUGAUUACCUUCCUCAUGAUCGCUGAGCCCAGUACAGCCGUUUGCGCCAUCCGCCGGCUGCUUCUGGGGCUCGGAAUGUGCAUCAGCUAUGCCGCCAUGCUGACAAAAACCAAUCGGAUCUACCGGAUUUUUGAACAGGGAAAGAAGUCUGUCACGCCCCCCAAAUUCAUCAGUCCUACUUCUCAGCUUAUUAUCACCUUCAUUCUGAUCUCAGUGCAGGUUCUUGGUGUGUUUAUUUGGUUUGGCGUGGUGCCCCCACACACCAUCAUCGACUACGAAGAGCAGAAGCCUCCGAAUCCCGAGUUUGCACGAGGGGUCCUUAAGUGCGACAUGUCCGAUCUGUCCCUCAUCCUGUGUCUGAGCUACAGUAUCGUUCUGAUGAUCACCUGCACAGUUUACGCCAUCAAGAGCAGAGGAGUUCCUGAGACCUUUAAUGAGGCCAAGCCCAUUGGCUUCACUAUGUACACCACCUGUAUUAUCUGGCUGGCCUUUGUACCAAUCUUUUUUGGCACUGCGCAAUCUACCGAGAAGAUGUUCAUCCAGACCACCACUCUGACAGUAUCCAUGAGCCUGAGCGCCACAGUGUCUCUAGGCAUGCUCUACAUCCCCAAAGUCUACGUGAUCAUCUUCCACCCGGAGCAGAAUGUACAGAAGCGAAAACGUAGCUUCAAAGCCGUGGUGCAGGCGGCAACAGUUUCCACACACCUCUCUCAAAAAUCGAACGACAAACAGAACGGCGAAUCGAAGAUUGAGCCAGACAGAUCCCAGUAA